AUGUUGUUCGCUCUGCUAGGAUUGUGCUUCCUUCUGGUGAACGCCAAUACUGAAUAUCCUGAGGCACUUAAAAAAUGCCUCACGUAUGAUGCAGUCAGUGAAUGGUAUAUCGCAUUCAACAGGAUGUUAAACCGCAAUCUGGAUUGGAACAACAAACUAUCUUAUGAAGCUUGCUACGACUUGGUGGGUCUGGAGAAAAACAAUGUUAACGAUAGGUAUGAGUCAGGAAGGAAUUUCGCGGGUCGCAGCUUACCACUAAAGACGAAGGUGCGCAUGGCGCUCAGUGCAGGAAGUCAAACAAUGAAAGAAAAAGUGAGAUCCCUUGUUCCAUCAACGGAAUAUGGAUGCAACGGCUUGCUCGAAGGUGACUACCUGAAAGUUCUGUGCCUCUACCAGUCUUGA